AUGUCUGAUCAUACAGGACCUGAUUCUGAUCCCAAGAAACCCAAGCUGAACGAGGACGAGGUAUUCUCGACAAUUGGAAGCCAAGCCGAGGCCGUCGAGCAGCAAGAAGGGGUUGAGUAUAUUUCCAGCGAUUCGCUCCGCAAAACUGGUGCUACCGAUGCAGCCGGUCGCCCCGUGCAAGAGGUGGACAGUUUAUGUAUGAAUUGCCACCAGCAGGGCGUCACCCGUCUGCUUUUCACUGCGAUUCCGCGCUUCAGAGAGGUCGUAGUCAUGUCUUUCGAGUGCCCCCACUGCGGGUUCAAGAGCAGUGAGGUCCAGGCCGCAGCUGAAAUCCAGGUGAAAGGCGUGGAAAUCACUUUCAAACUAGAUACUCCGCACGACCUGAGCCGCCAGGUUGUCAAAACAGAGUACGCUACCUGCAAGUUUCACGAGCUCGAUAUCGAGAUUCCUCCAGGACCGGGCCGUCUCACUACAAUUGAAGGCCUUCUGAGCGGCAUGAAGGAUGAUCUGGAGCAAGACCAGCCUGUUCGUUUGCAUGUCGAUCCUGACAUGCAUGCCAAAAUCCAAACUGUGCUGGACAAGCUUGCGCAGGCAGCCAACGGUGAGAUCUUGCCACUGACUUUCGUUCUUGACGACCCCUCUGGAAACUCGUUCGUGGAGUAUGAACCUCAAGAGCACGGAAAUAAGUGGGUUGCCAAAGAGUACGUCCGCACCGCUGCCCAAGACCGCGCUCUGGGAAUGGCCGCUCCGGAAGAGGAAGAGCAUCGCAAUGAGUCGGUUGCUGAUAAAAUCAAUACUGGCGAGUUCGACGAGGGCAUCUCCGAAGAACUCCGCAAUGAAGUUCAGACCAUCCAGGGCGCUUGCCCCUCAUGCCACCACCCCACGGAUACUCACAUGAAGGUUGUGAACAUUCCCCAUUUCAAGGACGUUAUUAUCAUGUCCACCGUCUGCCACGAGUGUGGAUACAAGUCGAACGAGGUCAAGACGGGCGGUGCUGUUCCCGAAAAGGGCCGCCGCAUCCGGCUCAAUGUGCUUGAAAAGGAGGACUUGUCUCGUGAUAUCCUCAAGUCCGAAACUUGCAGUUUGCGUUUCCCCGAGCUCGAACUCGACCUGUCGCCCGGAACACUUGGCGGCCGCUUCACCACCGUCGAGGGUCUGCUCCGUCAAGUCUACGAGGAGCUCGAGUCCAAGGUCGUUUCUGCCGACGCCGACUCCAUGACCGUGGAAACCAAACAACGCUGGGCCGCAUUCCUAGCCCGCCUCGAUGCUGCCGUCGAGGGCCAGCUCAAAUUCACAAUCGUCAUGGAGGACCCCCUGGCGGCCUCUUAUAUCCAAAACGUCUAUGCUCCUGACGCUGAUCCCGAGAUGGUCAUUGAAGAUUAUGAACGCACUCAUGACGAAAAUGAGGAACUCGGCCUCAACGAUAUUCAGGUUUAG